UCGCGUGGAGGGAAAGGAGGAGGGAAAAAAAGAGCUGCAUUUUUUUUUUUACCUUGUGGGGUUGAAGAAGGGAUCUUUAGAAUCUUUUUCUUGCAAGAGAAAAAAGGGAGGAGAUAAACGGAUCGUUUUGCAUCCUACUUGGAAAGAUCAGUGUCAUUCUCCCCCCCUCUUGUGUUGGUCACCAAAACCUGAAAAAGAUCUUAUUUAAUCAGACAAGAUGAUAGCUGCUCAGCUUCUGGCCUAUUACUUCACAGAAUUAAAGGAUGAUCAGGUCAAAAAGGGUCACAAGUACUUUUUGGUUGCUGCCUCUCAACUCAGGAAUUCCCUGCCAUCGAUGCUGAGGUCUAGGGGUCUUUUGGAAGCUGUAUUGAUAAAUAUCUGUACGCCAUGCGGCUGUCUGAUGAAACUCUGCUGGAUAUCAUGGGCCGCUUCAGGAGAGAGAUGCAGAAUGGGCUUUCUAGGGACUUUAACCCAACAGCCUCAGUGAAGAUGCUUCCUACAUUUGUAAGGUCUAUUCCUGAUGGCUCAGAGAAAGGAGAUUUCAUUGCCUUGGAUCUUGGCGGAUCUUACUUUCGUAUUUUGCGAGUGAAAGUCUCUCAUGAGAAAAAGCAGACAGUGCAAAUGGAAACCGAGAUUUAUAACACUCCAGAAGAUAUUAUGCAUGGCAGUGGAACACGGCUUUUUGAUCACGUUGCUGAAUGCUUAGGCGAUUUCAUGGAGAAACAGGAAAUCAAGAACAAGAAAUUACCUGUUGGGUUUACGUUUUCUUUUCCAUGUAGGCAAACCAAGUUAGAUGAGGGUAUUCUGAUAACCUGGACAAAACGUUUCAGAGCAAGUGGAGUUGAGGGAGUUGAUGUAGUAAAGUUGCUAAACAAAGCAAUCAAGAAACGUGGGGACUAUGAUGCAGACAUUAUGGCAGUUGUCAAUGACACCGUAGGGACAAUGAUGACCUGUGGAUUUGAUGACCAACGUUGCGAAGUUGGCUUGAUUAUUGGUACUGGCACAAAUGCCUGCUACAUGGAGGAAAUGAGGCACAUUGAUCUGGUGGAAGGCGAUGAAGGGCGGAUGUGCAUCAACACUGAAUGGGGAGCAUUUGGAGACGAUGGCUUAUUAGAAGACAUUCGGACUGAAUUUGACAGGGAGAUUGACCGGGGUUCUCUAAAUCCUGGGAAGCAAUUAUUUGAGAAGAUGGUCAGUGGCAUGUAUAUGGGGGAACUUGUCAGGCUUAUCCUUGUCAAAAUGGCCAAAGAAGGUCUCCUUUUUGAGGGACGAAUCACUCCUGAACUUCUAACCAAAGGGAAAUUAGAAACUAAAGAUGUUUCUGCCAUAGAGAAGAGCAAGGAAGGUUUGCAUAAAGCCAAAGAGAUACUUGCCCGGCUUGGAGUUGAGCCCUCCCAUGAAGAUUGUGUUGCUGUCCACCAUGUGUGUACACUCGUUUCGUUCCGCUCUGCAAACCUGGUGGCUGCUGCUCUGGGAGCAAUCUUGAAUCAGCUGAGGGACAAUAAGGGAGUGGGCCGUUUGCGCACCACGGUGGGGGUUGAUGGCUCCCUUUACAAGAUGCAUCCACAAUAUGCCAGACGCUUGCACAAAACCGUGCGACGCUUAGUGCCUGACUCAGAUGUGCGGUUUUUGCUCUCUGAGAGCGGGAGCGGCAAGGGUGCUGCAAUGGUGACAGCGGUCGCCUACAGGCUGUCUGAGCAGCACCGGCUGAUAGAUGAGACCCAGGCUGAAUUCAAGCUGACGCAUGAACAGCUGCUUCAGGUGAAGAAGAGGAUGCGAACGGAAAUAGAAGCAGGCCUCAAGAAGAAGACGCACGAACACGCAAAAGUCAAAAUGCUGCCCACGUUUGUCCGCAGCACGCCUGAUGGGACAGAGAAUGGAGACUUCCUGGCUCUGGACCUUGGAGGAACAAACUUUCGAGUUUUGCUUGUGAAGAUCCGAAGCGGUAAAAGGCGAAUGGUGGAGAUGCACAAUAAAAUAUAUGCAAUUCCUAUAGAGGUCAUGCAGGGUACAGGAGAGGAGCUGUUUGAUCACAUUGUUUCUUGCAUCUCGGAUUUCCUGGAUUACAUGGGAAUAAAAGGUGCACGACUCCCCCUGGGCUUUACGUUUUCUUUCCCUUGCAAACAGACGAGCUUAGAUGCUGGCAUCCUUCUGAAUUGGACCAAGGGCUUUAAGGCUACUGACUGUGAAGGAGAGGAUGUUGUUAAUUUGCUCAGGGAAGGAAUCAAAAGAAGAGAGGAAUUUGACUUGGAUGUCGUGGCAGUGGUGAAUGAUACUGUUGGGACUAUGAUGACUUGUGCCUAUGAAGAUCCACAUUGUGAAAUUGGACUCAUUGUAGGAACUGGCAGCAAUGCAUGUUACAUGGAGGAAAUGAAAAAUGUAGAGAUGGUAGAAGGGGAGCAAGGAAGAAUGUGUGUGAACAUGGAGUGGGGUGCUUUUGGAGACAAUGGAUGCCUAGAUGACAUCAGGACGAUCUAUGACAAAGCUGUUGAUGACUACUCAUUAAAUAGUGGCAAGCAAAGGUAUGAGAAGAUGAUCAGUGGAAUGUAUUUGGGGGAAAUUGUCCGCAACAUUUUGAUUGACUUCACAAAAAGAGGAUUCCUUUUCAGAGGUCAAAUUUCAGAGACGCUGAAAACGAGGGGUAUUUUUGAAACAAAAUUCCUUUCACAGAUAGAAAGUGACAGAUUAGCGCUGCUUCAGGUCCGUACAAUCCUCCAGCAGCUUGGCCUAAACAGCACCUGCGAUGACAGUAUCAUUGUCAAGACGGUGUGCGGUGCAGUCUCAAAAAGGGCGGCUCAGUUGUGUGGAGCUGGAAUGGCUGCUGUGGUAGAUAAAAUAAGAGAGAACAGAGGAUUGGACCAUCUGGAUGUAACUGUGGGCGUAGACGGGACACUAUAUAAGCUUCAUCCACACUUUUCAAAGAUCAUGCACCAAACUGUAAAGGAUUUGGCUCCCAAGUGCGAUGUGACAUUCCUUCUCUCCGAAGACGGCAGUGGUAAAGGGGCUGCCCUCAUCACUGCUGUGGGAUGUAGACUGCGUGACGCUGAGCAUAACUGAACUCUGCAGCACUGGCUUAUUCAGCCUUCUGAGCACUUUCUUGUAACGCAGCGGUUCUGUACUCUGAACUGGCAGGGGAAUCCCAGAAUUCACUGCUUUAUGGAAGAGUUGGAGUUAUAAAAAUAAAAAUAGGAUACUGAGUAGAGUGUGUUGUUGCUGAUAAUAUCUCCCAUCUCUGAACCUUUAUCUGCAUGUGUCUUUUUCUGCCCUAUUUGGUACAUUCUUCAUAUGUAAAUCAUUAAAAAAUGGAUCUAUAAUUUCAACAAAUGUCAAAAAUAAGUUUAUUAUUUGAGGUUUAAAAUUACAGCCAAAUCAUGUACAAGAGCGAGAGCAGGUGGUGCUCUGUGUGAAGUGUAUUCUUUCCAGCUGCUACUAGAUCCGUGUUAAAUAAAUAUACCACCAACAGUGCUGGGUAUGAGACAAAUGCUUAUGCAAAGAGGACUUAGCUGUACUUUUUGAAUUUUUUGUCAACUGUUGUUUCCCCACCACCACCUUGGAGUUUUCAUGUUUGUUGAGCCGCACUUUGUGCUCAUGUAACUCUCUCUGUAGCAAGAUCGCCCUUAGCAACCAGAAUUGUCUUCUGUUCAUAUUCGGUCACAAGGAAAUAAAUAAAUAAAUGGCUCUUCCCCACGUGUCUAACGUUGCUGGCAUUUCCCACUGCUUUGGUGAACGAUGUCGUAUUUCCAAGUAAAAUGUGUACUGUUUCAAAAAGCAAGCCUCUGCUAGUAAAAUCAAGUGAAUGAUUUGACCCCAGGGGUAAUCCAAAUCUCUUAUUCAUGAAAAAAUUGGUAGCUUUUAUGUGCCCUAUCUUGGUUUGGCUGUAUUUCGUUGAGCUGAGGGUAUAUAUAUUUUAAGCGGUGCCUUGAUGCUCCUUGUUGCUCUCUAUCUUCCUGAGAGCCACUUCCAGUGUAACGACCUGAGUCCACAAGUGCUUGCAUGUGGAAAUGCCAAAGUGUGACUGCGGAUAUCUUGGAUUUCUGGCAAGUCCAUUAAAUGGAUUCACUUCUGAAAAUAUUGUAUCUGUGGAAGCACACCAAGCCUUGUGAGGUAGCUGCUAAAGCCCGAGUUACCCGGCAGGGCCCACAAAUGCUGUCCUUUGGCUUUUCUGUCCACCCAGUCCUUUGUCUAUGGGCUUUUGGCAGCACCUGCCAUUUUGAUUCCCACAAUGCCCCAGGUCACCUAAUGUAACAUCACUACAGAAAGCUGUGGGCAAAUUAAAAUAGUGGGUGGCUUUCCAGACCCGCAGACUGCUGCCUGAUAAAUCUAUAUCCACAGGAGUGAGCAAUUACGUAGGCGAGUGCUGAAGAGCCCUCAAAUCUGCAUUGAUAGCUAGUCCUUGCAUAAUGGUUCCGCACGGCACGUGAUUGCUUUAAAAAGAUGUUACAUUUUGAGUCUAGCUAAAUAAUUGGGGAGAAGGAAAGGAAUGAGAUGCAUUCCACCUGCCAUUAACAUCAGUGGAUCCCAGUGAGGCAAAAUCCCACUGAUUUUAAUGGACCUGAGUAACCUCCAUGAUAUUUGGAAACAUCCAAUGUGUUGGAGAGACCAGGUAAAGAGUGAUGGGGCGAUUUCCCCCUGCCACUGAGCUUUUUUUUUCUGCUGGAAUUUUUCCAUUUCAUAAUUUCAUCAGUAGCAAUGAAUUGAUGCCAACUGCAAGCACAGUAUUGGGCAAGCUUGGCAGUUUUAAAGUUUUUUUAAAACAAAGACAAAAAAAAAUUGCAGCACUGCCUACUUUUUAUGCAAAUUAACCAAUUUGCGUAGGAAAAAUACUCCAAUUCAAAACUCUUUUCUGCAAAAUCCACAUCACUGCAGAUUAAUACCUUUCUCUUCCUGUUUGGAAUUGCACAAAUACAAAAUGAGCAAGCUGGUCUUUUAAGUUUGGCCAGCCUGCAAUUAGACGGUCUUAUAAACGGUAACAGCAAUAGUAGCCUACUGCAGUUAUGGUUCCUUGUUUCUCCAAAGUAUGAAUUGCCAUUGUACAACCCAAGCAUUAUUGGUCAGGGGAAAAAAGGGAUUUGCAGACCUACUUUUCUUCUCUGUUCCUCAAGAUUUGGAUUGCCCUAGCUACUAAUAAACAUUUCAGUAUGCAUUUUGGUGCACUGUGUUCAAAUGUGGGGUAACAUGAGUCACAAAUAGCUCUGCUUUGUGUGUGCGUGUGCGUGUUGUGUCUUCCUGAAGAUCUGCAUGAUUACCUGGAUUUGCAAUGCUAGAACAUCUUUUUACAUUGCCCCACUAGUAGCAAUGAUACUAGUGCAAAAUGGAUAUUUGUGACAAUAUUAAACUUUUUUUUGAUGUGUC